AUGGCGCCAAGUGACCGCCGGCAUGCACGAGCAGAUCAAGCGGACGUCAUGGAGAGCUUGCCGAGCCCUUCCCAAGAUUUGACAAGCAGAGAUAUGGCACCGCCGAUGCCACCCGCACCGCCUGCCAGUGCCAGCAAGACUGAGAUCGCCGUCGCCAAGCGUUGGGGGGCGACGAAGGUGGCCGACGGGUCGGUGCCGAGCCCAGGCAUAGGCCAUAAAGCGCACGUCAAGGAGAGCUUACCGAGCCCUGCUUCCCAAGAUGUGACAAGAGAUAUGGCACCGCUGAUGCCACCCGCACCGCCUGCCAGUGCCAGCAAGACUGAGAUCGCCGUCGCCAAGCGUUGGGGGACGACGCAAGCCGACGGGUCGGUGCCGAGCCCAGGCGUAGGCCAUCAGCAAGUGUUACAAUAA